AUGGUGGCUAGAGUCACAGAUUUUGAACUAUUUCUUCCUCCUCUUCCACUUUCACCUUCACUCACUACAUUUUCCCUCAAUUCUUCCUCAAACCCUAACUUCCAUUCCAACUCACUCUUCUCCUUCUCUCCCUCUUCAAUGCGUUCUACUUUCACACUAUUUCGCAAUAUCACGCUCUCCACUUUCCACCAACCCCGCACGCUCCCUUCCCAACUCCUCCCUCGCCGCUUUCCGCGCCUCUGCGUUGGCGCCGAGCAGUGGGCACUCCAUGAAGAACUUCCGGAACACGAAGUUUUCCGUUUUGCGGCGGAGACUGCUGAGAAGCGGCUGCCGCGUCCGGAGGUGGAGGUGAAAGAGUUGAGUGAAUUUCCGGAGCUCUGGCGGAGGUCGAGAGUUGCUUGGCUGUGCAAGGAGCUGCCAGCGCAUAAGGCGGGAACUCUGAUUAGGAUUUUGAAUGCGCAGAGGAAGUGGAUGAGGCAGGAAGAUACCACAUAUGUCAUUAUGCAUUGCUUGCGGAUUCGCGAGAACGAAACUGCGUUUAGGGUAUACAAAUGGAUGAUGCAACGGAGUUGGUACCGAUUUGAUUUUGCUCUUUCUACCAGGCUAGCUGAUUACAUGGGUAAAGAGCGGAAAUUUUCAAAGUGCCGUGAGGUAUUUGAUGAUAUUAUCAAUCAAGGCCGUGUUCCCAGCGAAUCAACAUUCCAUAUAUUGGUUGUGGCUUACCUUAGUUCUUCUGUUCAAGGCUGCUUGGAUGAAGCAUGUGGUAUUUUCCACCGAAUGAUUCAGUUAGGUGGAUACCAGCCAUGUCUUAGCUUGCAUAAUUCCCUCUUCAAAGCUCUUGUUGGCAAACCAGGGAACUUUUCAAAGCAGUACCUUAAGCAAGCUGAGUUUAUAUAUCACCGUUUGGUUUCAACUGGACUUGAUGUACAUAAAGAUAUUUAUGGUGGCCUAAUUUGGCUGCAUAGCUAUCAGGAUUCCAUUGACAAAAAGAGAAUAGAAGCAUUGAGGGAAGAGAUGCGACGUGCUGGAAUUGGUGAGAGAGAAGAGGUAAUAGUGUCAAUCUUGAGGGUUUGUGCAAGGGAGGGGGAGGUGGAGGAAGCAGAGAAAACUUGGUCCAAGCUUUUGCAGUUUAAAAGCAAGCCCCCAUCACAGGCUUUUGUGUACAAAAUGGAAGUCUACUCUAAGGUUGGUAUGCCUAUGAAAUCCUUGGAGGUAUUUAGGGAAAUGCAGUUGAAACUAGGUAAGACAAGUGUGGCAGCAUAUAAUAAAAUAAUAGAAAUACUGUGCAAAACACAAGAAUCCGAAUUUGCAGAAUCAAUCAUGACAGAAUUUGUCAAUAGUGGUCUGAAGCCCCUUACACCAUCAUAUGUUUAUUUAUUAAACAUGUACUUCAACUUGGAAUCACAUGAUAAAUUGGAAGAGGCGUUCUCUCAAUGCCUAGAGAAAUGUCGUCCUAAUAGUGCCAUAUACAGUAUAUAUUUGGAUUCAUUGGUGAAAGUUGGUAAACUUGACAAGGCUGAGGAUAUCUUUUGCCAAAUGUUUCGUGAUGCAAGUAUUGGUGUCAAUGCCCGAUCAUGUAACAUCAUCUUACAUGGAUACCUAUAUUCGGGAAACAACUUAAAGGCGGAAAAGAUCUAUGACUUAAUGUGCCAAAAGAAGUAUGAAAUUGAUGCCCCAUUAAUUGAAAAGCUUGACUAUAUCCUGAGUUUGAGAAGGAGAAUUAUUAAAAAGCCAAUGAGCCUGAAGCUAAACAAAGAACAGAGAGAGAUGCUGAUUGGGAUGCUUUUAGGUGGCUUGCAGAUUGAUUCUGAUGGUCGAAGGAAGAACCACAUUAUUGGCUUCAAUUUUGAUGGCAAUUCUGUGAGCCAUAAUGUCUUGAAAAGUCAUAUACAUCGCCAAUUUUAUGAAUGGCUACAUCCUACUUUUAAGCCAAGUGAUGACAGUAAGAACAUACCAGAUAAGUUUUGCACCAUUGCAAGCUCUCAUUUUGGCUUUUAUGCUGAUCAGUUUUGGUCAGGAGGUCAACCUACGAUUCCAAAACUUGUUCAUAGGUGGUUGUCACCGUGUGUUCUUGCAUAUUGGUAUAUGUAUGGGGGCCAUAGAAACUCAUCAGGGGAUAUUUUGCUGAAGAUUAAGGGAAGUCAUGAGGGUGUGGAGAACAUUGUCAGAAAGUUUAAAGCCAUGUCCAUUGAUUGUAAAGUCAAGGGAAAGGGAAAGGUAUUCUGGAUUGGUAUUUUGGGAAGCAAUACAGCAUGGUUCUGGAAAUUGGUUGAGCCAUAUAUUCUAGAAGAUGCAAGAGAUUUCACUAAGUCAGGUGUGAAUAUGAUGGGGCGGGAUUUAUUGGAAACUCAAGACAUUAACUUCAAUAAAGAAUCAGAGGAAUGA